UAGCCUGCUCACACAUAUAGUGACAAAUUUAGUUCUUACAAAUCAAUCUCUGAAGCGAGAUUUCAGUCACAGAUUGAAUAAGUUGUAUAUUUUUUACCAAUUUAAGCCAUGUCUGAAGAGCAACCAUCGAGCUCGUUGCUCAAGCCCAUUCUAAUCAUGAGGAAUGAGGAAUUGGACGGAGCAGGAGAUUGCGUCGGUGAGGAGUGCUUGAAGCCCAAGAAGCAUGUCACCUUCAACCGGGUGGUGGAGUACUUUACCUACUCGGAAACUUUGACCAGCUGGAAGAGACGCCUUAUGUCCGACAACGACUUGCGCCGGAGCAUGCCGCCGGAGUCGAAAACUUGCUUCACAAAGCGCUAGGCCAAUUUAUGACUCCGGCUCACCACGUUGGCCAUAUUGCAAAACCAAUACUGAACAAGAAUGAAACGCUGACGGAAGUUGUUAACUGAACGUGACACUUUUAACCUAAUUGGAAAAUAAACGACAGCUCGAGUCCUGCCGGAGAAGCGGAUGUGGACUUGUCCGUUGUUUUUAAUGCAUUUUCCGUGUUCUACGAUGGGCAACGAAGUCGAGCAAAUGGUCAAUAAGUUAUUCAUGAUUUGUACGUAUUUAUAUUUUUGUGAGUUCCUAUAUUAAAAGCAUAAGCUAGUGCACAGUG